CUACCUUUAUCAGGGUCUGAAUCACUGGCCCGAACUUUGUACCAGAUGAGGGCUACAUAUAGGCAAUUGGAUUAUCCAAACGUCGUCGUAUCUGGUAUAGCUACUGUCUGCAUCAACAUGUCUUCCCGAGGGAUAUUUUUGUUACUAACGAGCUUGGUAUUUGUACAGGCAUCACUGAACACGCCCUAUUUCCCCAUUAAGUUCGGAAACUGUAACUUUCCUUCAAUUAGUGAACAACUUAUCAAGGAUGAAUUCUUCAAUAAGAAGUGGUACGUCUGGAUGAGUUCUGGCAACUAUUUCUUUGCAAUGCAGAGCAAAUGCGCAGGGACAGACACACGAAUCGUUGGGAAUGACACGGAAUUUCUACAUUUUCAAUAUGAGAAUCCGUUGAAUUCAUUUGUCACCCUUAAAGGAAAUGCACCAGGCAACUAUCUUCGAUACAAAGGACUUGUGUUUCCCGUCGACUAUAGUACGAACAGAUAUAACUUUACUUUGGCAUUGUCAAUUGUUGAAACUGAUUACGACAACUGGGCAGCGAUAUACUUCUGUAAGCAGCUUCUCGGUUCCAAAAUUGAAUUGUCCUGGCUUUUGACGACGGACUGGAAGAAAACUCCAUCGGAAGAGCAAAAGAAUGAAAUGUCGGAAGCUGUCUCCAGGUUCGACUAUACUCUGGAUGACUACUUCCUUCAAGACAACAGCCGUUGUGGUAUCGGAGAACCACAUUUGUAGUGAUUUCUCUUUAUAUAAAUUAUCAAACCUUCUUCUAAGUAGCAGUGAUUUAUUACUGAGUGGAUUGAAGGCCAAGAGAUCCAUGCAAUAAAAUUUAAAUAUUGAUUUUUUUUUCAUUUAAAGUAUUACCAC